AUACAUGUCCAUAUGUCAAUAUCAUCUCGGCCCACGUAUAUAUAUAUAUAUAUAAAACUCGUUCCAAUCUUAACAUUAUUAAUUAGAGAGAAAAUAAAAGGUGAAAGUAAAAAAUUGUGGGAGCUGGUCAAAAUCCCUAAGAUUUGUAAUUCCCUUAUCCCCUUCCUGCGGUAAAGUCACUGAUAAAGAGACCACCUUUGUUUGGGGACGUUGACGUUUGAGCUGUCCUUCGCGUAAAAAGCCUCGCGGCCGAAGAUUUAAUCCGUUGCGAGUUCCUGAUUGUAUUCACUGUCGGAAUUCCCGUCGCUAUCCUUGUUCAUUGGAACAACACUGUCCUUGUUAAUUGGGUGUUGGUGCAAAGCUACGUAAGAAUAAUGGCGGGUAUCGCAAUAGUGUUGGAUCUGUUGAAGAAAAACCCCAGCGCUCAUUCGCCCCAGUUCUCUGCAUCCGCCGCCGUAUCAGCCGCUGCCGCCUCCGUCGCCGCUGCGAGCACCCCUUUUGCCUCUCGGUUCUUGUUCGGUUUUCCUGAAUUUCCAGUUGCAUACUGUGAUGCUGGUGCUGCAAUUUCACCAGACUAUAUAUCCGCCAUCCGAAGUGCCUCUAGCAGUGUCUUUCAGCACGAUUCUCUGAAGUACACGACCAAGGAAUACUACUUCGAUGUAAAGCCGCUGUUUUCAGCAUUUGAAGUGAAGCAACUGGCCAUGACUUCAUUGAGGUCGUUCUUGAUGUAUUAUUUGCCUCUUCUGGAGCCAAGCAUACAUACGGAAGAGGACGAUGAUGACUUCCUGCAGGAUGCUCGAGAUGAGAGACCUGUCGAUUUGGUUGUCCCUUUCAAAAAAUCAGUGAAGCAAAUUGCUCGCGAGACAACUGUGGUGACUACAAGGAGGAUCUUAGAACGUCUUGCUGUCCAUUAUGUUUCUCAACGGAUGGCAUGGAAACUUCUUAAAGAUAUCCCGAAAUCAGCCAUGCGCAAGGCUGAAAGAGGAUUACCUACCACGCUUUACAUCUUCAGAGUCAGUAGAACGACUUUUAGAGGGCACUUCUUAGGAGUUGCUGCAUCAUGGGUUGUGCAAGUUGGUAUUGAAACAUACCGAUUCUUCAAUCGGCUGGCAAAGUCUGAAGAAGAGAUCGCACGGGUUGAAAAAUCAGAACAAGUUAAAAUCCUUGGCAAGAAAGUUACUGGUGUUACUCUCAGGUGUGGUGCUUCGCUAGUUUUUGCUGCCAUAGGAGCUGGGAUCACUGCUGCCCUUGUCCGCCCCACAACUGGUCAAUGGAUCGGCUGUGCUAUCGGAGAUCUGGCUGGGCCGAUAAUCAUUACUGUCUUCCUGGAGAAAGCUCUCCAUGUCGAGCUUUAGACUAUAAUAUGAAAUCAUGGACCAUAUCUCUCACAACCUGAUUGGAAAACCUUAGAUUAUCUUCCAACAAUUUUGAAUACAUCUGGAGAACUGUCACCCCUUUUAUAAUUGUUAGGCACAACUGCACAAGCAGCUUCUUCAACCUGUUUGUUAGCUAGAAUGUCAGCUUUGGAGACAUUUUUCGAUCGAUUUUUGCCUUUGCUCUUCUUGAACUAUUACGUGUUAUACGGUUUGUGCCUGUAUCAAGUUGCUUUCAUCAACAGGCAAAGAUGCAAUUUCUUCAGCCUGGUUGCCCUCAGUGCACGUUUCGGCAGAUGCGGCUUUCUUUACAUUGUUCUAGUGGUCGUUCGGAUAGCUUGAGAAUAUGAAAUGUCAGGCUUUCCAUCAUAAUCAUCACUACUUCGCAAACUAGAGCAAAGCCUUGUGUCAUUUAGGUUGUCAUUAAGAAGUACAAUUAGAAUGAGCAUGUCGCUUGAUUCAUCAAAGUUCUAACCAAUGCUUUAUGACGGUGGUAUAAUCAUGGUUCAAAAAAGCAUACUUUCACGCCUAUCAACGAUAUAUAUGUUAGGUGAUAACAAAAUAUCUCGCAUAGAUAUAUACAUUUUAAAUAUAUGUAUUUGACGUUC